AUAUAUACAUAGUCUUCCACACAGUCCCAUCCUCACAAACUACAAAAGCUCAUCGUCUUAGAAUCUGCAAAGUGCAAAGCAAAAACAUGGCUUCCAAGCUCACCAGCCUCUGCUUCAUAGCCUUCAUCCUCUUCCUCUCAUUAAGCUGCUCCACAGCUCGGCCGCUGCCUUCAGCUUCUGAUGCCAACGCAAUGAAAGCUCAAGAUGAGUUGAAGGAUGUUGAAGUAGAAAAGGCCAUGGUGGAGGAAAGCUGUGAGGGAGUUGGGGAAGAGGAGUGCCUCAUGAGAAGAACGCUUGCGGCUCAUAUUGAUUAUAUCUAUACACAGAAGCACAACCCAUAAUUUCUUUUUUCUCUUCUUUCACUUUGUUGAUUUUGCAAUUCUUCUGUGAUGAUCAUCUACUGUAGGAAGU